AUGACAUUUAUAACUUCACAGGAUGAUAAAACCGUUGUUACGCCAGAUUUUUCAUCUUCUACAGACACAAAGUCAGAAUGUACAACAUUUUCCUCUUUUGAUGAUGUAAAACACCAUACGACAUUUCUAACUUCUCAAGAUAAAACAACAGGAUUUUUAAUUUUUAAAGAUAUGGAACCUGCUGUAUCAGCAGUAUGUACAAGAUCUGAAGAUAUAAAACCAGAAUUAGCAAUUUUAUCAACUAGUGAAGAUAUAAAACCAGAAUUAGAAACUUUAUCAACCAACACAGAAUUAGAAAUUUUAUCAACUACUGAAGAUAUAAAUCCAGAAUUAGAAAAUAAAUCAACUAGUGAAGAUCUAAAACGCGAAUUAGAAACUUUAUCAACUAGCGAAGAUAUAAUCCCAGAAUUAGAAACUUUAUCAACCAACAAAGAUAUAAAACCAGAUUUAUGGACAAAAUUUUUAGAUUCUGAGGACAAACAACAAAAUGGACUUGAAGAAAAGCUAAAACUCUCUGAAGACAAAACAUAUCUGUCUGUUGAUCCUCAUGAUCAUCAUGAACAGUUUUUUCAAAGAUCUAACUUGAAUAAACAAGCUCAAGUAGGGGAGAGGCCACUUCAAUGUGAUGCUUGCCAUAAAAGGUUUUCAGAUAGUUCUAGGUUAAGUAAACAUAAAAAAAUUCAUUCAGGAGAUAAGCCUCAUGAAUGUGCUUCUAAGCAGCCACUAGUAACACAUGAAUGUGAUCUUUGUCACAAAAUGUUUUCUGGCAAUUCUGAUUUAAGGAAACGCAAAAGAGUUUAUUCAGGAGAUAAACAAUUUGAAUGUGAUGUUUUACAGUUCUACUGUAAGCAAACAUAA